AUGAGCGAGUCGACAGCUCCGGCUGCAGCGAUAUCCAUGUCGGACGCCGCGUAUGCCUUUGACGAAGAUGUGCUGAAAGAUGUCCGCAAUAAUAAAGUCUGGAUGCAAGACCCCAAAUACUUUAAAAAGGUGAUUGUGUCGCCUGCCGCCGCCAUAAAGAUGCUUAAUCACGCCAACUCUGGGGUCGAGAAGGGUAUUAAGGCUGGCGGAAAGCCCGUAGAGAUCAUGGGACUAAUUAUGGGUCGACCUUCCACCGGUACAGAAAGAGAUGCUGGUGAUUCUCACACGCUUGUGGUUACAGAUUGCUUUCCACUGCCCAUCGAAGGUGCCGAAACCCGUGUGCUGGCAGAUGACGCCGAAGUCAUUAAUUACAUGAUCUCGCUGGGCGAGGCUGUGGAGCAGACGCGCAAAGAAAAGUUUAUGGGCUGGUACCACAGUCACCCAUUUGAUGUGGAAGUACAUAGCCAUUGCUUUCUAUCUUCCACGGACAUAAGUACGCAGCUCCAAUGGCAGCGCUCGGAAGACCCACACGGCAACCCAUGGUUAGCUAUUGUACUGGAUCCGCUGCGUUCCUUGGCCAAAAAGCGUCCAGAGAUGGGUGCAUUUCGUGUGUACCCUCCGGAGUUUGCUGCUCCUAUGAACGAGACACCAGACGGAACGAUUGUCACUGAUGAGAGUGCGAGACUUGAACGCUGGGGCAACUGCUGGAAUCGAUACUACACGUUGGAAAUUGUUUACUUUAUGAGCUCUCUUGGCUCUCAAAUUAUAAGUAUUCUCUCCGAAGAAUUUUUGUGGAUGCGUACGCUAAGCUCGAACACAAUGCAAGAGCGUGAGAAUCGCGACCGUUUUUCGGAGCGAAUCCAGCUGCUGGUGAAUAAGUUUGAUGGCUGCGAAGCUCACUUAAUUCCUCGCGCUGGACGUGGGGCGUCACGCAUUGGUGAGUAUUACGUGCCCGAAAAACAGCAGUUGCAUAAAGAAACCGAGGAAUCAGCUCUUGACAAAAUAACGCAGGCAGCAAAUGAACUUGCCAUCGAAAACUCGCUUGGCCAAGAACUGCAGAUUCAGUGCAACAAAUGCAGUACUUAUUAA